AUGGAGAUUAAUAAAGACUUUACUAUGGGCUAUUGCAGAGUGGGUAAUACAAUUAAAAUUAAUUCUAGGCACCAUCAUAAGUGAUUUUAAAUAAUAGGAUAAUGAACUCUAAUAUUUCAAUUAAGCCAUAGAAAAAGAUGGGAAUUGUUAUUAUUCAUUUAUGUGUAGAGGUAAUUAAAAUUUAGAUCUUAAGGUAUAUAUUAUUAGGAUUAACAAAUGAUUGAUUAUGCACAUAGAGAUUUCAAUUAAGCUUUAGAAAUCAAUUCUAAAUAUAGUUUAGCCUAUUAUAACAGAGGUGAAUACUAUUAAACUUAAUAUAUUAGGCAAGUUAUAUAACAAUAUUGGAGAAAAAGAUAAAGCAUUAUAUGACUAUAAUCAAGCAAUCCAACUUAAUCCAAAUGACAACAACUUAUCAUACUAGAGGUGAAUGUUAUUCUCUUUAAUAUAAAAGGAAAUUUUUACUAAAUUAUUGGUGAGAAAGAAAAAGCAUAAAUUGACUAUAAUAAAGCAAUCCAAUUUGAUCCAAAUAAUGCAUUAACCUAUUAUAGUAGAGGUAAAUAAAAUUACACUCAAUAUAAAAUGUCUUUUGUAUUAAAUUAUAAAGGCAAAGCAUUAAAUGAUUAUGACAAAGCAAUUCAACUUGAUUAAAAUCAUGCAUAUACCUAUUACAAUAGAGGUGAAAAAUAGUAUUAUAGAAUUAGCCAUACUAUAUUAACAUACAGGUGAAUGUUAUAAAACAUUAAAUGGCUUUAAUCAAGCCUUGAAUAUCAAUCCAAUUUUCGUAAAUGCCUUUUAAGGAAAAGGUUCAAUCCCUUUAUUAGAAUUUUAGGUCUUCUUUUAUAGGAUUUACAAUAAUAUGAAGAAGCAAUAAUCUGCAUUGAUAAAAUAAUUUCUCUUAAUUCUAAUCAUAUUGAUGCUUAUUUUAACAAAGGAUUCAUUUAAAAUAUCAUUUAGCAAAUUCUUUAGAAUAAUUGA